AUGUCUAUUUCUCCUUCUUGGACAACGAUCACUAGGUUCGUGUUCAUUAUUGACACUAAGAACAGAUACACAUUACUUCACAAUGAAGAAGACAUCAUGUGGUGGGAAGGUGUUGUAGUAUGCGCCUGCAUAGCCCUCGUUACAGCUAAUGAGUCGUGGCGAAUAGUAAAUACUGAUCAAGGUCCUGUCAAAGGUUACAAAGCACCCGAAGGUCAUUACGCUUUUUAUGGAAUACCGUAUGCUACCGCACCUAUAGGCCCGAAUAAGUUCAAGCCGCCGCUUCCGCCACCAACUUGGGACGAACCAUUUGAAGCAGUUCAAAAUUACGUGACAUGUCCACAACGUUCUCGUCAAAACUCUAUCGAUAAUAAUUACUUUUUAAAUCAACAAGAAGAUUGUCUAAUUACCAAUAUUUAUGUACCUGAUACUGAGGAAUCGAAUUUACCCGUAGUCGUUGAAAUUCAUGGUGGGGCAUACCAAUAUGGUUACGGUGAUAUGAUGUCACCACUAAAUCUAAUAAAGAACGGAAAAAUAAUUUUUGUUAAUUUUAACUACCGUCUUGGACCUCAUGGAUUUCUCUGCCUUGGGACUACAGAUGCGCCCGGAAAUGCUGGCAUGAAAGACCAAGUUGCUUUGCUAAGGUGGGUACAAAGAAACAUUGCAAGCUUUGGUGGGAAUCCAAACGACGUAACGAUCAGUGGGUGUAGUGCUGGAGGUUCAUCCGUUGAUUUGGUCAUGAUUUCUAAGCUUGCAAAAGGAUUGUUCCAUAAAGCAAGUGUUGGAAGCGGUUCUAGCACUGCCUCAUUUAGCGUACAAGUUGAUCCAAUAGCAAAUGCGAAAAUGGCUGCAAAAAAGUUAAACUUUACUGACGUAGUUAGUUUAGAAGCUCUAGAAAAUUUCUACAAAACGUUACCAUUUGACAAGCUGCUGUCUGAAGAUUUUGGAAACGAAGCUAAUUCUGCCACAGUAUUUUCUCCAUGUGUUGAACGUGAUAUUGGUCAAGAAAUGUUCUUGGAUGAUUAUCCAUCAAAUAUAAUUAUCAGUGGUGAUUACCCUAAGGUACCUUUGCUUAUUGGAAUUACUGAAAUGGAGGGUAUCUAUCGUGUUAGAAAUUUCGAAGAGUGGAAAACAAUGAUGAAUAACAAUUUUUUCGAUUUUCUCCCUGAAGAUUUAGCUUUUAAUUCAGAAGAUGAGAGAGAAUUCGUCACAAAUAAAAUUAAGCGUUUCUACUUCGGCGAUGAACCAAUAAACGAAAAUAAUAUGUUAAAAUAUGUUAAUUAUUUCACUGAUGUUAUCUUUGGAUAUGGAACAGCAAAAGCUGUAAAAUUACACGUGGAAGCUGGUCAUAAUCAAGUUUAUUUAUAUGAAUAUGCAUUUGCUGACGAAAAUGACGAAUUUAUUCUACAUACUGAAACAAGAGGCGCGACACACUGUGCACAACGCCACGCUAUCAUGAACCCGAAUAAUGAACAUCAGUUAUCAGAUGCAAACAAACAAAUGAAAGCGCGCAUGAUAGAAAUGUGGCUUAAUUUCUAUACAACCGGGAAACCAGUUGCUGAGGGCUCCUCAUAUCCCGCGUGGCCUCCUGUUGGUCAAAAUCGGACUCCAUACAUGUAUAUAGACAGAGAGAUGACGUUGAAGAGUCACUUCCUUGGAGAUCGUGCUCUCUUCUGGGACGAAAUUUACGAAAAAUACUACCGCAGUCCUAGAGCACCUUAUUAAAUUUAUUAAAAAAAAUAGCGCCAUUACAUUUGAAAUUGUUGUUUCUUUAUAUAUUUUUCUUACGUUUUGUUGUUCAAAUUUAUGUAAUUGUGUUUGUGAUGCAUAUCAGUAUGUAAAAGGAUUAAAUUAAACUUCAUAUACUAUA